GAGUUAGAAUACUAAAAUGUCAGUGUAAUAAUUCAAAUAAUGUGCGUUUAUUCAAGUACAAUGUGUAGAACAAUGUUAGUGUUGUUAAUCUCAGUGUUAGUGUGUGUGGUCAAUGCUGAUGUUAAUUCAACGGAUGUGGUACAGUCGGGAGGGUCUCGUAUGGCCUGGAUUAAAGGUCUGGUGGACCAUCACGACUGGCUGGAUUUACUUGACAAUGUGACGUUGCCUGACCAAUGCGCGAACGAUCUCAGGCGGUAUGUCAUCGCUCUGAAUGAAGGAGAACUUUGGGCAUCGAAAAUUUUCGACGCAUCUGGUCAGUAUAGCCCCAACAUUCUGUUCGGUAACGAAUACUGGCUGGGCUCACAGAACGCUUGCGCCGACCUACAGCUGCGCCAGUACUACGCGCAAACGCCGCCAUUCAAAACUACCUUCUUUGUCGCCAAGAUCAAUCUCACUGUUGACGCUGAUCAUGUUCCCCAAAGUAGACUGAUGUUAGUGGGUCAAUGCAUGCCGGCGUCCUGCAACAGCAGUAAUAUUGAAGCGGUGUUAGCACCCGCAGAGACCACGGCUAUAAAGAGAGCCCAGGAUAAUGGAAUUACGGCCUCCUUCAGGACUCUGUAUGUGCGGCCCGUGCCUGGACCGUAUAAUAUAUUUGCUGAUCUCAAGCUGCAAAUCCUAGGAUCUGUUAUGAUUGUGGUGGCGAUGUGGAUGUUGGUGGCGUCCUUCUACGAAGGCUACUUGGAGCGGAAGUAUAGAAAGGCCGCGGAGUUACGUGACCUUGAAGCUCGUCAGAACAACAACUAUAAACCUUCUCCAGUAACAAAUUUGUCAGAAGACGAAGAAAAAAUAGAAGAUGAUGAAAAUAAAGAAUUACGUCGUGAUAGAUGUGGAGUUUGGGCUGAAUUAUUGUUAUCAUUUUCAAUACUAUCGAACGGCAGAGCAAUUCUGAGCACUCAAAAGCCUAAUGAUGGUGCUCUUACCUGCUUACAUGGAAUGAGAUUUAUGUCAGUGAUAUGGGUGAUUAUGGUUCACACAUAUUUAACCGUGUGGUACAUCGCCGACAACAAGACAAUGAGGAUCGUCACCGAGAGGAACUUCUUAUACCAAUCCGUAGGCAACGCAUCCUAUUGUGUUGAUACAUUCUUCUUUAUUAGUGGCUUGCUUGUAACAGUUCUUUUCUUAAGAAGCGAAGACAAAGCAGCCGCAAGAAGAAUUGCAAUGGAAAAAAAGAAAGCAAACAUCGAUACUAACAAGAAUACAAAUGGUUUUACAAAUUCAGCUCUCUCAGUUUCUGUGAUAAGUCAACAAUCUUUCUGUGAAGAUUUGCUAGAUCAGCCAAAGAAUAGUGUAUACUCGAAGGGAGAAAUAUUCAAAAUGAUUAAAUCAUUUUUCGUUCUAGUGAUGUAUCGUAUAGUUAGGUUAACACCAGCGUACGCUUUUGUGAUUGGUCUGAAUGAAAUAGCGUUAAGAUAUACUCAUGACAGAACAGUCUUUGAGCCAGCUAUCUUUGACCAUAUUACGUGCGAUCGAUUCUGGUGGCGGAAUCUUCUCUACAUCAACAACUUGUUCCCUCAAAGGGAGAUGUGCAUGGUGUGGUCGUGGUACAUGGCUAAUGACACACAGUUCUAUGUUGUUGGAAUCAUAUUAUUAUUGAUAUCAGUAAAACAUAUAAAAUUUGCGAUGAUAUCACUUAUAUUGUUGCUAGCGAGUUCUUGGGCGACGACAAUCUACAUAUCAGUAUGGUAUCAAUAUAAAGCGCGUAUUCAGGAACCCUUCGAAAUGUUUGAUCCAUUGUACGAUAAGCCGUGGUCCAGAAUAGGCCCCUAUUUAAUCGGAAUGGUUGUUGGAUGGUAUUUGCACAGAACUAAAUGCCAAGUUAAGAUGCCAUAUUGGCUAGUAGCGGUGGGUUGGCCGUGCGCCUUAGCCAUUAUGGCGAGCCUUAUCUUUGGCAUGGUCGACGGCUACUUUGAAGUUUGGCCGACCGCUUUCUACGUCAGCAUUGGACAUACAGGUUGGGGUGUGGCGCUGGCAUGGGUUGCGGUAGCGUGCUGCUGCGGGUACGGCGGGCUGGUGAACUCCGCGUUGUCGUACCGUGGAGCGCUGCCACUCAGCCGACUUACCUAUUGCGCCUACCUUGUACACCCCACCAUCAUGAUGUACACCUCGUUCCUCAUGGACGGACCUCUACAUCUACAGAACUCUAUAGUUUUAACAAUCUACGCUGGAUAUGCUGUGAUGGCGUUUCUAGCAUCAUUCGCCAUAUCACUAGCAUUCGAAGCUCCAGCUGUGCGGCUCUUGAAGAUUGUGAGCGGCGGCAAUAAAAGUAAAAAGGGACAAUAAUAGCACUCGGAAUAGACCUUGUUUUAUCAAGAGUACGCCCAUGUUUUCACGCGAACAAGACGUUGAAAGCAUUUCUCGAACAACCUCGGUCUAAGAGCUUUAUUAAAAAAAAAUAGCCGUUUUAUUAUAGAUGUACAUAUAUAGGUUUACUCAUAUUGACGAUAGGUUUUACAUCCAGUUAUUUUCAUAAAUAUUAAAAGGAGGAAUCUUACCAAAUCUCUAUGGUCGAGUUACCGCGUAAACAAAAUCCCAAUAAGCAAUUUAGGUAUUUUAUGAAGUUUCUUUUUAGAAACUUUCCGAGUCGAUUGCGACCUUGAAAAUUUAACAGCAAUCUUUUACCACAAGCUUUAAAUUACUUAGUUUACAGUUUAAUAUGAAAAAACGUGCCCGCUUUUCGCAACUAAUAUUUUGUAAAUAUCAAGAACUUAGGGUAAA